UCUUAACCACACUUUUUGUUUAUUUCAUUUGCAAAUAAUAAAUGAAAAUAUGGAGGAUGAACAAGUACCUAAUGGAAAAGACAGCGACUUAAAUACGGACACAAUCGAAGAUAUAAAAUUAAGCGGCAUAACCCUUGAAGAUUGUUUCAGAAGUGUAGUAGAAGGAAAUUCUAUUGAAUUUGAAUUAGAGAAUUUAAAUAAUAUAUUAAAGAAGGACCUGCAAGUAAACUUUUAUUAUUUAAAAUCCAGAUUGAAGCAUGUUAUGCCUUAUAUGUUAGUUCAUUUCAUAAAUUGUUGGCCUGGGUGGCAAAAAAGCGGCUUCUAUAUAAAUAAACAAAUUACUUUCAAGAGCUGGUUUGCGAAAUUUAAGGAAUAUUUAGUGUUUAAAAUAAAUUAUUUAAUAAAGAAUGAUUACGAAAAGGUAUCAGUUAUGUUAAAGACCAAUCCACCUAUUGAAGAUAGUAUUUCCAAAAUAGAUAAUAGUACACAAAUGAAUAUUCCGCUUGAGAAAACUGUGUCUCCAUACACUGUUGAAAUUCAGGGUGUCCCAAAGAUGUUGAAUUCCUUAAUAUUUUGCGAAGGGCCCAAAGAUGGCAUUAUUGUAAGAGAGUACAAGACCAAUCCCUUUAUUGAAAAUUUGACUAUAAAACAAUUACUAAACUGGCCUCAUGUCGAGGUAGAAUUUUUAUCUAAAGAAUUAAAUUUUAACAGAAAGAACAUGCAUGAAUUUAAAAGGUUUCUUAUGUUAAGUAAUGAGAAAAUAACAUUUAAGAAAAUAGAGGCCUUUAUAGAAGAAGUAGAAAUUAUCAAUAAACAAUUAAAUAGGACUGUUUAUACUUUAAAUGUGUGGAGGGAAUAUUGCAAUACUUAUAUUGAUGUACUGAGGAAACAUACAAAAAUUAUGGAAAUAACGGAUGAAUAUAUAGGCGACAUUAAAGCACUUUUUGAUGAACUUCUCAUGGACAUUACAGAGUUAAAUAUGGGUAGUAUGGCAACAAACACCUCGGUGCUCUUUAAUAUUGGAAGUUAUAUUUACGCCAGGAAUAAAAGUGUUCGUACGAGCGGCCAAGCGGUCUCUUUCGCCGAAUCCAUAACUCCCAAAGUGAAUGUUUCACUUUUUUCUUUUACCGGUCUUAAGGACGAGGAGAGCGAUACGCCUUUCCAAGACCUACAGAACGCUCUCGAUUCCACCGACAAGGAUUUAAUCCAAAGUUUCUUACCUCUCCUUAAAUACGGUUGCACAUACUGUGACAGAUAUUACAACAACAAACAGCAACUUUUACAUCACUUCAAGGACAAACACUGCAUGGAACAACCAGUACUGUGUUUUAAAUGUAAGUUAGAAAUGGACGUUGGCAGGAUUUGCAGCAACCGGUGGACUCACCAGUGCCGCAGUAAGGAUACCGUGGGGACAAGUGUAACUAGGUGAUUCCCAGUUAAAGUUACGU